AUGGCAAAUACCGGAGAAACUCGUCCCAAAGAAUUGACGGUGACGACGCCAAGUACGGUGCAAGUUGCGCUCCGAAUAAAACCCACAAUAAUACUGGAUUCAACAAUAACGCAUCCAAUAGCAUCGGCAUCACACGAGCCAUCUUUAACAGGUCAUCAUCAUCCAAUAGUAACUCCUUCAAACGAAGUACCCAAUCAAGUGAUAUUCAAAACUCUUGAGAAUUCCAAGGGAGAUGCCGGGGAAGAAGGGAAUUCAGAAGACAAGCAAGUAUACACUUUUGAUCACGUGUUCGGCGAGGAAUGUACCCAGCAAGAGUUAUACGAAAGCGCAAUAGAGGGAUUGAUUGAGAAGUUUUUGGACGGUUACAAUGUGACUGUCUUAACCUACGGAAAGACUUCUUCGGGAAAAUCCUAUACCCUUGGCACCAUUCCUUCAUCUAUUUCAGCUUCGUCCAAUGACUCUGACACCUCCUCAACGUCUUGCAUCAUAGAUCACCAAUCCGGCAUAAUACCGCGUUCUAUGAAUUCUCUAUUCACUCUAAUAGAAAAUUUGGAGAAAUAUAAAUCUAAUAAAAUCUCCCUAAAGGUUUCUUACGUGGAGGUUGUAAACGAGGAUCUCAUUGACCUAUUAGAUCCGCCCAAUUACUUGUUUAAUGGAGAAGACGACAAAAUGGGCGGCAUGGGAAUAAGAAAUGGAAGAGAUUCUUCAACCGGGCAUAGAAUUGGUGAAAUGAGCAACAACGAAAUUGGUAUGUACUUUGGUCACAAUGAAAUCCCAUACCUUAAACCAUUGGUGUUGAUACGUGAAGACGCAAAGGGAAAUAUUCACUGGAGUGGAUUGCAGGAGAUCGGUGUAAAUAAUGCUAAGGAGGUUAUGGAACAUCUCACACGAGGCAUAGAAAGCCGUCACAAAAAUUGCUCGGAUGUCUCCACGAGCAUCGCUCCAAGAUCGCACACCAUUUUUUCUGUAACAAUGACUCGGCAAAAAUUCAUUCGCAGCUCCACACCCACUUCAUCAUUAACUUCACAUACUGCUUCAUCCUUAUCUCGAAGAAGUUCAACGACUCCUCUUUCAUCAGGAUCACGUCCUUCGAGCAGGAUGAGUGUAUCAACAAGUAACUCAAGACCAUCCAGUCGAACUGGAAAUGAAAGUCGACCUACUUCGCGUGCGAGUUCGAGUCUAGGGAUCAGGAAUGAUGAGAGCGGAGAGCGCACCACCAUCACAAGCAAGUUAUGGUUUGUAGAACUAUCGGGUAAUGAAAAGUCAUCAUCAUCAAAUGGCGAUCUCACGACUUCCGAAGUUGUACGCCCAAAUCCUGGUCUACUAUCAUUGGAAAACAUAAUCUCAAUUUUGGGCACAUCAAAGUUAAAUUCCUCCACGAAAUCCACCUCUCAUCAUGACAUACCUGUACAUAUCACCCCAAAUCGCGAUAACCGUAUAGUUCCUUAUCGUGACACAAAGCUCACUCGUCUCCUUCAAGACUCUUUUGGUGGCAGCGCACAUACGCUAAUGAUUGCUUGCGUGUCACCUGAAGAAUGUGAUCGCGCUGUGACCCUUGAUACUCUUAGGUAUGCCUCUCUCACAAGGAACAUCAAGAAUUUUCCAUCGAAAAAUGUGAAGGUUACGAGUGUUGGAAAUGCUCGAAGGAAUUCCUUAACACGAGAAACCGCGGCCAGUAGCGCACGAAGAGCUGCAGCUGGUAACGACCGAAGGAGCACCACACCAACUAAUGGUCAUAUACGAAAGAAAUCGAUGGAUGUGAAGCACUCGGAAAAUGAUGAACCGGGAUGGCACGAAGUGAAGAAUUUGCAAUCGACCGUGAUCAAGUUAAGAGCCGAGAAUAAUGCUUUGAAGAUAGCGCUUUCCGCAGUCGAAAAACCUGGUCAAGCUAAUGGUCGUUCAACGCCUGUUUCCGGACGAACACCGGGAAGGAUCACCCCGACAUUAAUUCCGGGCCGGAGUACUCCCACCAAACCUCGAUCACCACUUGCAACGUUUUCAUCGUCAAAAACUUCGUUAUCACAACAGAAUCAGCAAUAUUACGCGGAACAACUGGAAGAGAUUGAAAACCAUUAUUUACAAUUGAGACAGUCGUACGCAGAACUUUCGCUCAAGUAUGGACAGGCAUCGGCAGAGCUCGCCUUGUAUCAAGAUAAUCGUGAAAUAACUUCUGCCUAUCCUACCUCACCAUUCGGCGUUUCCAGUCGUGAUGGUGAAAGGAAUUUCACCUCAAUCGCCGAGCCUAUCAUCAAGGAAUACGAGAAGUCCAUCGCCAUGCUAGAAGAUAAACUCAUAAUCACACAGGCCGAACUUGAUCACUCGGAGCUAAUGCUUAAAGAACACGUGGAAGCCUUGGAAGAGGCCGAUCGUAUCCGUGAACACGAUUUGAAUACUGCCGCUAGCUUGCAAAAAUACAUUGUGGAGCUUGAAACGAAAUUAGAAAAACAUGAAUCAGAAGUUAUGUUACGCGAAACUCGUGAUGAACGUCCUGAAAAAUUUAUUAGUGAGACUGUAAUAUUGUUAGAGCAACGAUUGCAAGAGAGUGAAGAGGCAUACAAAGAUCUAGAGAUCAAGUUAAUGAAUGCCGAGCAUGCGAAUAACAAUAAUGAAAGAAUAGAGACACUGGAAAGAUUAUUGCAAGAGAAGGAAGAUGACUACAAUUCAUUGGAGGAAAAAUUUAAAUUGCUUGAUUGCAGCGCAGAAAAGAAGAACAUGAUGGAUCAAUUGGAGGUGCCACUUUCUCCCACAACUCGAAUUGGAUUCUCUGAUACUCAACCAAUCGGUGGAACCGAUCAGAACAAUUUGCUGACGGUUCUAUCACUCGAAUCAAAGCUUUCGGAAGUUGAGAAGGCCCACGAGGAAACUGUGAGUGAAUUGACUGUGUUGAAGAAAAAACACAAGGAAUGCCUUGAUCAAAUAAAAGAUCUACAAUCGAAACUUAAGGAAAAUCAAGAACCGAUUGUGGAAAGAGAUUCUAGCUUAGAACGAAAAUUGACCAAAAUGCAAGAUCUUUAUAAUAGGAAUUUAACAAGUCUUGCAGAUUCGAGGUUGAAAUAUCAGGCCAGUAUUCAAUUGAUUCAAGAACUUCAAGGUCAACUUGAAGAAUCCAAACGCAAACAUUCAGAGAUGAUGGAGGAUCUGCGUUCCUUCUCUUCAACACCCAUCUCUCCUAUCACUUCAAUCACUUGUUAUUCGGAUUCUCCAAGGGAUGAUACAACAUCAUCCCAGCGAUCGUCAGUUACGGCUUUCUCCGGGAGAUCUUCAUUACAUCGUAAGGCUGUAUCGAUGUCAGCAUCUAUGGAUCUUAAGGGAUCGGAUAAAUGUGAUUUAGAAUAUUCGGCUAUCAUGGAGAAAUUGCAAUUUGAAUUAAAAUUGUUUGAGUCUUCCCCAAAGGAUAAGCCAACUAGCUUGGAUGCAAUCCGACAUGAACUAUCGAGAUUGGAGACCAAACAUUUGGAAACCGUACAAGUACUCGAUGGAAUUCGCGAAGAACUCGAGAGACGCGACGCGUUAGCAACAUUGCAAAUCAGCUCGAUGACGAAUGCAGGUUCACUUAAAGACGAUAAAGUCGAUACACACUCAGAAGGACGUUCCACCCCUAUCACAAGUCAGGCCGACGAGCUUGAUAUUGUACAGAGAUUACGAGGAGAAGUAAAUAUGCUCAAGGAGAAGCAACGAAAGGUCAUGGAAAACAUAUUCGAACGUGAAAAGGAAAAUAAGCUCAAAACCGUGGAAGUUCAUCAAUUACAAUCAAGUAUAGGUGGACUCCGAGAACAAUUGAGAGUUGCAAUUGAGGAAAAACUGAGUCACGCCGAAAAGACUAACGGUAAUGGCGAGACAGAUUAUGAAUCGCACAUAAGCGAAUUGCUAUCGAAAGUAAAAGAAUUAGAGGCACAACUCGCAAUCAUUCAAGGAUCAAACCACGAACCACAAGACACCGCACCAGAAGUGAUUUCAUACAAUAACGUAAGUGAAGAUGAAAAUGAGAAGAAAAUGGUAGAACUCCGUGAGCAAGUUGAAAAGCUACAGGUAGAGAUCCAAGCCAAGAGUGACACCAUCGCUACCCUCUUACUUCCAAAUAAUGAACAGGAAAAUCAGAUUCAGCGACUCGAGGAAGAACUCAGGGAGUUCAAGGAAGCUCAUCGACUGGCGAUCCAAGAAAAAUAUUAUGAUUCUCAUAAUUCUCCAGAUUCACGAAGAUCCCCAGAUAUUGAAGUACAUGAGAAUGCGACGACGUUAGGAAACACGGUCAAGGAUCUAGAAAUACAAUUGUUAAGAGUCAAAGGACAGCAUUCUGCGCCGUCUUCUAAACGAAGUUCAAUGGUGUUUAUCACAGACCCGAUACAAAGAACGUUUGACAUUAUUCACUCAAACCUCGAGAUAUUGCAACAAGAGUUGAACGCAGAACAUUCUAGCAUUGAUUGCGAUAAGGAAAAAGAGUGCGUUGUCGAUUCGAAGAAAGAUUUGGUAUCACUGAUGCAAUCAAAUUUCGAGGUGCUUCGAUCGGACAUUAAACGUAAGAAUGAUCUUGUGGAAACCUUAAAGCGUGACUUGGUUGACAAAAGCUUGAUGCAGCAAAAGCUUCAUGAAAAUGAAGUUGAGAUUGAAGUUCUUACACAACAGUUGAGCGUCAUCAAGAUUCAGAAUAAAGGAACACAGAAGCAAAUCGAAGAACUUUUGGAACAACUGACCGAAGCAGAGAAGAAUAGCAAAGAGGCUCAAAAAUUGUUGGAAUCUGAAUUGAAGAACAUAAAGGAGGAGCACAAUACCCUGAAGAAAGAAUACGAUAAUGUAAGAAAAGAAUAUGACAAUGUCAAAAGCAGUAAUUCUUCAACUAUCGAGGAGCUAAAAGAAGAAAUCGAACGUUUAAGAGCUGAAAAAUUGGAACAAGAUACGAUGAUAAAAACAUAUGAAACUCAACUUGAACUCUUGGCGCAAGGAGACCCAGAUGUGGCUGCGUUAAGAAAAGAACUUGCGGAAUUAAAAACAAUCGAAUCUCGAUUGAAAGAGAGGGUACAAGAAUUAGAAUUACAACUUGAAAUAGCAGACGCGAAGUCUAAAAAGUUGCAAAGUAUGAAGGAUGAGUUAAGGACCUUUAAAGAAGGAGAUGUUGAUAAAGAUAUAAUUAUCGAACAAUUACAACAUCAAGUUGCGGACGCCAAGGAAACAAAGGAUGCAGUAGUUAAUGAGUGGACAAGUAUGAAGGAAAGUUUUCAAACUCAAACAAAGCUUGUAAUAACCCUCGAAGGGGGCUUGCAAACUUUGAUGGAUGAGUUAAAUUUGACCAAGAAAAAUCAUGCUGCAACAUUGCAAGAAGUUGAAGAGUUAACGAAUUUCCUGACAACGAUCAUGCAAAAACAUGAAAGUGACGAAAAAAAGAUUGAACUUUUGGAAAAGGAGGUUUCAGAAUUAAAGGGCAUUAACCAAAGGGAUCCUUUGGAAUGCCGUGAAAAAUCAGAGGUUCCUACGCACGAGAUAAAAUCACAGGGCAAGCUUUUGAGCGAACUUGAACGCCAGAUAGUUGACCUUGAAAAGGAUAAAGAAACGCUGUCACGUGAUCUCUUAGAACGCGAAAAUCAACAGAAAGAGAUAGCAGCGGAGUUUGAAGAAAAGAUUGAAAAGCUAAAUCUACAAGUGAAUAGUCUAAACGUUAUUAUAAAAGAAAAAGAACAAUUAAUAGAAUCUAAGGAUUCUCUACUCGAGGAAUUGAAUAAUAAGAUUCUCCCGAGUUCGACUUUAACGGAUAAUACAGAGAACGCACAAUCGUUGUUGGUAAAGGAAUUGGAAAAUUCAUUGAAGGAACAUGAAACAAGGUUAAUGGAAGCUAAUCGUAGGCUCGAACAAGCUAAAGAAUCCGAGGUGCAGCAGACCGAAAAGAUAAAAAUGAUGGAAUCCCAGCUUCAAGAAUCCCGUUCGCAACGAGAUGAAGAAAUCAAAGCCUUUAGAGAACAAUGUACAUUCUUAAAAAAUGUGAUCGAAAGCGCCGGGGAAAACAAAACUAUUUCAGAAGAGCUUAAAUCACAAUUUAUCCAACGUAUUGAAGCUCUGGAGGGGAUGGUAACCGAAAAGGAAAAUGAAGAGCAAUGUAAACUCCAAUUCGAACUUGAAGAGCAAAUCAAGACCUUAAAGAAAAAUUACGACUUACUAAAUGAAAAUUUUACUGAGGUAGCUAAUAAGUUUGUUGAUGCAGAGGCUAUUUCUGAAGAACAAAAGGAACGCAUCGUAGAACUGGAGGCGGCGCUUAGAGAUGCAAACGAACAAAAAAUUUCACAAUUAGACCCGUCAUUAGACGUUAACAAGCGAAACUCGGUUCUCGAGAAUCCCAAGUUUGCAAGAUUAUCCGCAGUUACUGAAAAUUUGCAGCAGCAUCAUGAAAAUCUGACUUCCAAAAUUAGCGAAGUUGGAUUCUGCGCUUCAUCAUUAACAGACAAUCUGAAAAAUUUAGAAGUCGAAAUCGAUCAAUUAAAAUCUUUAGAUGAUGUCGAAUCGGUCGAUGUGUUAAAAGAGAGAAUCACCAAACUCAAGUCAGAAAAAGAAGAAUUAAAACAAGUUAACGAAGCUUUAUUUGAGGAAAAGAAUGACGUUGAUCAUAAAAUAAAUUCCGUUCUAGAUCAAUUGAAGAUGGCGAGUCAGGACGGAAGUAGAACAGCCGCUUAUAUUGCUGAUCUAAACGCUAAAUUGGAGUUACUUGAAGGUGAACUCGAGAGUCUCAGAAAGCACCCAAGGAUUGAAAAAAAGAAAAAGGAAGUUAUUGACAACGAUAGUUCACAAUCAAAUAAUCUCGAUAUUUUGAACUCUCAAAAAGAAAAGUAUAUCAAUGAACUUGAAGGAAAGGUAGUUGAUCUUGAACGACAACUACAAAGAAGCUGUACCAACAACCUGACAACGUUCUCUAAAACCACAAGGAUGGAAAUCCAAGAAUUAUAUAAGAUUAUAAUGGAGAUGGAGGAACAGCGGCAAAAAGUUGAACAAUCAUUAGAAGAAGAAAAGAAGGCAAAGACUAACGCAGAAAUAGCGUUGAGAGAAUUACAAAACCAAUUAGAAACACUUCAAGUUUCAACUAAAAAGAAGAAAUUUAGAUUCUUGUGUGUAUAG